GCGAGAGAGAAAGAUGUCUUCUUCCUGCUCCGACGAUAGUAAUCGUGAAAGCCUUGGUCGUUGCGUGUGCGAUGUUAUUGUUAAGGCAGCUGGGGGCAUGGUGAUUGGUGCCGGCGUCUCCCUGUGGUUCUUGCGGCGUCGUCGUUGGCCGGUCUGGAUGGGAGCAGGAUUCGGCGUUGGACUGGCCUGUCGGAACUGUGAGAAGGACAUGAAGGCGUUGAAGUGGGGCGUGCUUCACCCUCCCUCUGACUGAAUGGACAGCCAUCUCUAGCUCGAACCAUAGGCCACUUC